GGAAGCCCUUUGCAGGUCAGACGAGUGAGGUUUGAAGCCAGGGUGACUGCUGCUGUCGUGAUCUCUUUGAAUCGAAAGAGAUCCAACACCGUCGGGCGGCCCUCUGUAACUCGUGGCUGUGUGUGUGCGCGAGAAGAAAGAACAGAGAAAGAGAAAAGGCGCCUUAUGAUGGAUGAAUCGAUGACAGUGAUGCACCGAUGACUAGCCCAUCUUUGGGGAUGAUGGAUGAGUCCUGGCGGCAGGCGGACAGCAUAUCGCUUCAGGACCUCGAGCCAACCAAAGGGAAAUUGCUGGGUGAGCCUCGACACGAGAGAGAGAGAGAGAGAGAGAGAGAGAGAGAACGGACAGUCACAAAUGCAUGGGCGGUCUGUUUACUGUCAUGCAGGUAAAGGGUUUUUUGGCGAGGUGCGGGAGAUGCGUGACCGUCGGACGGGGGCCGCUUACGCCCUGAAGGUUGUGCCGAAGCAGCUCAUCCAGAAGCACCAUCUGACGUCACAGCUGAUGCGGGAGAUACAGAUACUCUACGGCCUGAAGCACCCACACAUCAUACGCCUGUUCUUCCAUCUCGAAGAUGACACCAACUACUACCUCGGUCGGUGGGCACACACAGAGAGAGGUAGAGAGAGUGGGGGAUGGAUGUGUGUGUGUGCGUUUCGUCAGGAAUGGAGGUGGCUGCGGGUGGUGGGAUGUUUGACAGGCUGAAGAAGGCCUCCAAGUUCAGCCCGCAGCUGGCCGCCAAGUACUUCUCCCAGGUGUGCGAGGCCAUCAACUACCUCCACAAGAGGCCACAGAAGAUCAUACACAGAGAUGUGAGCGAUUGUGGACAACACACACACACACACACACACAUGGGAAGAAAUGUAGAGUCUUUUGCCAUGGUUGGUGGUCGUGCGGUGCGUGGAUGUCUGCAGAUCAAGCCAGAGAAUCUCCUGUAAGUGACCAAGUGACCUGUGUCUGCGAUUAGAGAUGUUCUCGUGUCGCCGUCUAUCUGGGCAGACUGGAUGAGCAUGACUCGAUCAAGUUGGCCGACUUCGGCUGGUCGAAUGUGCUGAGGGACACACAGAUGCGUGAGUGACCACCCUGCGUCGCUCUGCUCGAUCCAUCCAUCCAUCCACCGACCUCUCAGUGUGUGUGGUGUGGGUCCAUGUCUAUAAUCAGGACAGACAUUCUGCGGCACACUCGACUACCUCUCCCCAGGUGUGCACAGCCGCACACACGCAUAUGGAUCAGCCAAGAUAUGCAAGCCUGUGUGUCGCCGCUUGAUGCAGAAAUGAUCAAGGGAGAGGGCCACAACGAAUCGCUCGACUGCUGGUCCCUAGGCGUGCUGUUGUAUGAGUUCCUGGUCGGCCGGUCGCCAUUCGGCGCACCAUCGCAGGAUGAAGUCUGCAGAAGGGUGACGACUGAGAGAGACACCGGCUGGCACACUGACAAGUGCCCAGAGCCUCACGUGUGUCUGUCUCUUUCGGUGACGUUGGCUGCAUGGUAUGGUCAGAUUCUGCACUGUGAGUUGCGGUGGCCCCACGGCGGCACAGAUGCAGAUGGCAUGGACCUCAUCCAAAGGUCAGAGGGAAGGAGAGAGGGCCACCUUUGCAGCUGAAGCUGAUGUGUGUCCACUCAUGUGAUAUAGGUUACUCAAGGUGCGUCCCCACGAACGGCUGACGGUCGACCAGGUAGGUGUGCUAUGCCUAGGGCAAGACACAUGGCUGCCUGCCUGCCUGCCUGAAUGCAAUCCACUCGACAGGCGCUGCGUCACCGCUUCGUUGUCAAGUACACGCGGCCCAGCUCACCAGACGCACCACUCACCGACACAACGACCAAUCAGGUGAGCACGGAGAGACACCAUCCAUCCAUGCAUCCAUCCAUCGACUCAUGUUGUGUGUGCAGGAAGGUGCGGCUGAGGGCAAUGUGGGUGGGUUGCUGGCUGCCAAGGUGCGUCUGGAGAGGGAGGUGGAGCGGCUGCGUCAGCGGGAGGAGCGUUACAAGUCGGAGGUCAGGAAGCACCAGCACGACAGCGAGGAGAGGGCGCUCGAGGUCGUACAAAUCACCAAGAGGAACCAGCAACUGGAGGCUGACAUCACACAGGUGAUCUUAUCGAUAGAUAUACUGGGCGGUGCGGUGCCUACACAUCCCCUGCCUGUUCGGUUAUGUCUUCCCUUCCUCUGCGCAGCUGACUAGUGACCUGGAGGAGUCAAAAACUGCCCUGCAGGAGGUAGGUGGGUGCCUAUGGCGAGGGUGGCCGCGCUCUCUAGCUCUCUAGUCCACUAUGCUGCUACGGUGUGUGUGUUCGGACAUCAGCUGACGGCCAAGCUUGCCGAGUCCGACACGGAGCUGCAGCGGCGACAGGCAGCUGCCGAUCAGCUGCCGUCUGUGCAGCAGGCGCUUGACGAGAAGGAGAGGCUGCUCGUCGACAUGGAGCACAAGAAAGCGCAGCUCACACAAAAGGUGAGGUGACCGAACGAACACCAAACAGGCAUGCACACGGAGAAUGGGUGCGUGUGUCAGGUGUGUGUGUUGGAGAGUGAGGUGAGCGGCCUGCGGACAUCGGCACACGCAGCAGAGGAGGAGCUGCACGCUCUUACAGACAAACACCGAACCGCAAUGCAGGAGAAGCGUACCUAUGGAGACAAAAGACACUUCGCUACGGCUUGUCAUAGUCACCGUCAUCCAUCCAUCCAUUAGGUGAGGAUGCAAUGGCGUCCGAGUGCCGCAUCCACACGUGUGAGACCGAGCUGGCCGUCAUUCAAUCGCAGAAGGAACACUUGGAACAGGUGGGCAGGGAGGGAGGCAGGCAAACAGACAGCGUAAGACACCCUCGUGUCGUGUGCACACCACACUGGUGGCUGCAUGGCAUGUGGUGUGCAGGUGUUGAAGGGCAACGCGUCGCUCGCCCCUCUGCUGACCAGCCAUCGAGACGACAGGGACAAGAUAGAGAAGAUGGCGGCCGACAUACGAGCAGGUGGGUGUGUUAUGUGGCCAGUGCAUCGCGGAUGCUCCACCCUCCACCCAAAGCAUGCAUCCACGGCCCGGUGUGUGCUAGGCCUUGAUCGAGUGGCGGCACAGCAGGAGGGGUACCAGACGAGGGGAGAGCUGCAGAGGGAGAACGAGAGGCUAUCGCAAUCGCUUCUGCAAAUGUAAUGUGGGAAGGACAAUCGCCAUGUGUUUUCAUCCUGAGAGUCCCGUUGCCCUAUCUAUCACCAGGAAGAAGGACAUGGCGGCAUUGCAGCUGUCAGCAGAGCGCGACAAGCACCGAGCCGUCGAGCAAAUGCAGGUAUGUAUCUUUUGGCCGGGCAGCAAACACACGACACUCACCAGCGCAGGUGUGAUUGGGCGUGCGUGUGUGUGCCAGGCGCUGCAUCGAGAGGAGCUUCGGACGGUCCGCGAGAGGAUGGCCGAGGCUGUGCGGCAGAUGGAGCACGACGCUGACCAACGCACACAGCGGCUUAGUGGGCGGAUCGAAAGAGACGUAAGGACGCUCACCUAUUAGUCUGAGUAGAUUUGUCCAGGUCUGUCUGUCUGUCUCUCUGUCUGUCUGUCUGUCUGUUUGUCUGUCAGACUGAGCGUCGUGCCGACCAGCGUGUUGACAUGGAUGAGCUGCAACGGAUUUCCAUCGAGGCCGAGGUCAGCGCACCGCAACACCACCCCACCCACAAUCGACUGGGGUCGAUCGAUUGACCUUCCCCCCCCCCCCUCUCUCUGUGUGUGGCCAGGCACUGAGGGGCGAGCGUGAUCUGCUGCUGCAGCGUGCCGAGCACAUGCGCAAGUCGCUCAACAUCACCGAUGUAGGCAGCAGACAGGCAGAGAGGGAGACAGGCAAGGCAAGAGAGUGACAGGUCGCGUCAACGUUGGUUCGGUUCGGUGUCUCACGGCCUCUCUCUCGUCGGCUGUGCUAGCCUGCCAGAGAGGGCCGCGACGGACACACACAUGAUGAGCCGACUCCUCCAUUCAACGCGUAGACAGACCCAUGCAUAUUCCUGACCCCUCGCCAGGCCACACACACCUAUGCUGGCGAGGCUGUCCAUACCUGUGCCACACCGUCUCUCUCUCUGUGUGUGUUGUGUGGGCGUGUGCAGGAGUCUGACAAGCAUCAGCGUUCCCGCAUCUACGACCUAGAGACGGCGCUAGCACAGGAGCGCGCUAGGCGCGUCGAGCUGUCGGCCGAGCUGGGCGACCUGGAGCGGUGCGGCCUUGACGAGCUCAAGGAGCAGGUGUCCGACCCGAUAGAAAGGGAGACCUUCUACCGCACUGUCGAGGCCACCAUCCGCUCGCUGCUCGACAACCGACCAGCCCCAUCAGCAGCACCACCAGCACCAGCGCGUCGGACAUUGCUGGGCAGGAAUGUCCCGCCUCCGAGUCGCACGAGCGGUGAGUCGGUCCCCGCGAGAAGGCGGUCAUCUGGUGCUGUGCUGCCGUCAUCGCCCGCACACAGUGUUGGCGGGGCUAAAUCGGCGGACUGACGGGUGGAGGGGGGGCUGAACGACUGAUUACUGGGGGAAUACGUGAGGGAGGGAGUGUAGCAUAGGGCGUGUUUACGUUGGUAUAAGUGGGCAAGGUAGUAGGGACGGGUGUCUCUCGGUGUGUGUGUGCAUCAUGACUUCACGAUGUGGUUGUGAAAGCCAGACUUCACCUUCAUACAUAAUGCGUCGAGUCGGGUGUCUCACAUGCAUGGUGAACGCCACGUGUGGCAUCGAUCGCCAAACCAAGCGAUGGAUUCAACAAACAAGGGCAGACC